GCUCUGCUCCUCAUUGAGGUAUGAUUAUUUAAUAUACACCCACACCACACACACACACACACACAUUAUGAGAAGCUCUCUUUGGUGGCAUCAUCUCAGUUUCUGUGCCAACAAGGGUGGUGGUCUCAGUUGGUGAUUAUGGCCAAGAUCAGAUCAGAAAUCACAACUUUUUCCUCCUUCUUCAAAUCAGUGCCUUUGCUUCUUCUCAUCAUUUCUGAUGAGUACCUACUUUGGCGCAAUAGAUGGCCAUCUUGAUUAUUGGGCAGUAAUGAGCUUCAUCUUUGUUAGUGUUCAUUUUUAAAAUUCAUUUGUGCAAAUUCAUGGCCUUGGUUUUGGAAUCAACUAUGGACAGAUAGCCAACAAUCUACCUUCUGCAACUCGAGUGGCUGUUCUUAUAAAAUCCAUGAAUGUGAGUAGAAUCAAACUCUAUGAUGCUGAUCCAAAUGUUCUCAUCGCCUUUUCGAAAUCGAAUGUGGAAUUCGCUGUAGGACUAGGAAAUGAGCAUCUUCAGAACAUGACAAACCCUUCUAAAGCUCAAGCUUGGAUUCAGAAUCAUGUUCAACCUCACCUUUCACAAACCAAAAUCACUUGCAUCACUGUGGGAAAUGAAGUUUCCAAUAGCAAUGACACUAACUUAAUGCAGAACCUUCUCCCAGCAAUGCAAAAUGUGCAUGGUGCCCUUGUGAAUCUUGGACUAGACCAACUAGUUUCUGUCACAACAGCACAUUCUUUCAACAUCAUAGCCAAUUCCUACCCUCCUUCAAAUGGUGUUUUUAGGCAAGAUCUGAUGCAAUAUAUCCAACCCCUUUUGGAAUUUCUUUCACAAAUCAACUCACCUUUUCUCAUCAAUGCAUACCCUUUCUUUGCAUACAAAGAUAACCCAGAUGAGGUUCCUUUAAACUAUGCACUUUUUCAGCCAAAUCAAGGCAUGGUUGAUUCAAAAACCAACUUGCAUUAUGAUAACAUGUUGUAUGCUCAAAUUGAUGCUGUCUAUGCUGCCAUCAAAGCUGUGGGGUACAGCAACAUUGAAGUGAGGAUUUCUGAGACAGGUUGGCCUUCUAAGGGGGACCCUGAUGAAAUUGGAGCUACACCACAAAAUGCACUAUUGUAUAAUGGUAACUUGAUGAGAAGGAUAGAGAAGAAGGAAGGAACUCCAGCAAAUCCUUCAGUUCCAAUUGAUAUUUAUGUGUUUGCACUUUUUAAUGAGAAUAUGAAGCCUGGUCCUGCUUCAGAGAGAAAUUAUGGCCUUUACUAUCCUGAUGGCAAUCCUGUUUAUAACAUUGGAUUGCAGGGUUAUCUCCCAGAGAUGGUUAUGCCAUCCAAAUCUAAUUUUUUGUCUGUCAAUUAUCUCGUCUGUACAAUUACAUGCUUGAUUUUUUCUUGGGAGCUUUCAAGAUUGUGAUCAGAAGAAGGGAGGGAUCAAGAGGAAACACAGGGAAUCAUAUACAUCAUUCUUUUGCCAUAUGAAGUUAUUCAGGGCUUUCUUUUCUUUUGUCCAAGGCAAACUCUGCACAUUGCGUGAAAAGCUAUGUGGAGGCAAGGUCGGCGAUUUGGUUCAUAUAAGAGAAAUUCAUACAUCAUGGCUUAACUGCAUUUUUGUUCCCCCGUAUAUUAUUGGUGUCACAAUUGUACCAAAUAGCAAUAAUCAAAUAUAUGAGGAAUGUAGUAAUUUUUUUCUUACACAUUUUUUUUCUUGAUAACACAUAUAAGCAUCAAUAUGCAUAUGCACUAGAAUAUGAAUUAGAAGUACCCCAAGAUUGGAUCCCUAGAAAGAAAAUAUUACUUUAAUACUGAGAAAAAAGAAAAUAUUAUUUUGAUGUA